GAAACCAUUUGUGUAUCACUUCGUCUGCACCGUAAAGCCUACUGCUUCUACAGGUGCGCUCUCUCUCAGUCAGCAACUCUGCCGAUCGUUUUCGUCUUCAACUCUUCACCGUCUCGUCGAACUAGCGAUCGUCGUUCACGUCACCGGCCACCGUCUAAUGGUAACCUAAUGUCGUCGGUUUAGGUUUCGUUAGAGAAGACGGAGACACAGCGAUUACUUCCAAUUGCUUCGUGCUGAAACCCUAACUCUGAGAAUUGGGCGUCUGUGUGACUACUGGCCUUGAAGUAAUACGAAAGUCGAUGAAAUGGAGUAAAAUAAAUAGAAGGGGCUUGAUAAAGUGAUAAAACUUACACAACAGGAUUGAAAAUCAGUCAUCUAAUAGAAGAUGGAUACGAAUAAUUGGAGGCCUACUCAGGGUGCAAAUGGCGCCAUUGGUGACCCCACUAUGGAAACUGGUGAUUGGAGGGCUCAACUGCAAGCAGAUUCACGGCAAAGGAUUGUGAACAAGAUAAUGGAUACCUUGAAGAGGCAUCUUCCAUUCUCUGGACACGAGGGACUACAGGAGCUUAAGAAAAUAGCUGUGAGGUUUGAAGAGAAGAUUUAUACUGCUGCUACAAGCCAGUCUGAUUAUUUACGGAAGAUAUCUUUGAAGAUGCUGACUAUGGAGACUAGAUCACAAAAUCCCAUGUCAGACCCCAUGCAGUCAAACUCUACUGCUAAUAGUGUAAACCCGUCUGAUCCAGGUUCUCAGGUGAUGCAACAAGUGAACAACCAAGGGCAACAGCUUCCUAUUCCGGUUGCGUCUAAUAAUAUGCAACAAGGACAACAAAUGAUGUCACAGAGCAUGCACAAUAACAUUGGUUCAACCGGAAUGCAAGGCUCUUCUGGUUUAUCAUCUGCAUUGCCACCUGGCAGUGGCUUACAACAAACCCCCAUGACAAAUGUUGCUGGUCAAAAUUCAAACUUGCAGAACAUGCAAAACAUGUCUAGUGUUCAACAAAAUACUGUAGGAAACACAAUGGGGAACAAUAAUUUUGCAAAUCAAAGGCAAAUUCCAGGACGACAACUUGUUCCACAACAGCAACAGCAACAGCAACAGCAGCAACAACAAACACAAACUCAAAAUUCACAGUAUCUUUAUCAACAGCAGUUGCAUCAAAUGGCAAAACAGAAACUGCAACAACCGUCAAUGCAACCACACAUGCAACAGCAACAGCAACAACAGAAUAAUAUGUUACAGCAAGGUCAUCUGCAGCAGUCUCAACAAUCUGUUAUGCAACCGACAAUGAUGCAAACAUCUUCUCUCUCUACAGUUGUACAAAAUCAGCAGCCUGUAGUACCGCAAUCGUCACAACCGUUAAUGAACCAACAAUCGGUUCUAAGACCACAAAGGCAGCAACAAGUACAACCAAUUCAGCAGCAACUACAAUCAACACAACAGAAUUCAAUGGGGCAACAGACAAAUGCGACAAACAUGCAACAAAACCAGCUUAUAGGGCAACAAAACAACUACUCUGACAUGCAACAGCAGAGGUUGAUAGGCCAGCAAAAUAAGCUUUCAAGUCUACAGCAGCCACAACAGCAGUUAAUUGGUCAACACAACAAUCUUUCUAGCAUGCAACAGCAGCAAUCUGGUCAACAGCAACAGUUGAUCGGAAAUCAAUCCGGUAACACCAGCAUGCAGACCAAUCAGCAUUCAGUGCAACAAAUGUUACAAUCUAAUAAGAUGCCUAUUCAGCAACAGAAUCAGCAGAGUUCAGCGAAUUUGUUGCCGACACAAGUUCAACAAUCACAACCACAGUUACAGCAGCCGGUGAUGCCACACAUGCAAUCACAACCACAGUUACAGCAGCAGCAGCAGCAGGUGGGUAUGCAACAACAGUCGAAUCUGCUGCAAAAUAAUAUGCAACAAAGGCUUCCAACAACAGGUGGUUUUCAGCAGCAAAACGUGAUUGAUCAGCAGAAACAGCUAUUUCAGCAACAGAGAGCUAUGCCAGAGGCUUCAUCAACAUCAUUAGAUUCUACAGCUGGCAAUACAAAUGGCGUAGAUUGGCAAGAGGAAGUGUAUCAAAAGAUAAAAGCUAUGAAGGACAUGUAUCUACUAGAUUUGAAUGACAUGCACCAGAAAAUUCUUUCCAAAUUGCAGCAGCACGAUUCUCUUCCUCAGCAACCAAAAAACGAGCAACUUGAGAAGCUGAAAGUGUUCAAAAACAUGUUGGAGCGUUUCAUGCAAUUCUUACAAAUUCCUAAGCAUGGAAUAUUACCUAAUUAUAAAGAGAAGUUGGGUACUUAUGAGAAACAGAUUAUUAACGUCAUCAAUUCAAAUAGGAGGAAACCAGCGGCCCCUCAGCAGCAAGCACAAUCACAAGCACUUCCUCCACAACACAUGCAAUCUUUGCAGCAAUCACAACAAACACAUUCUCAAUUGACACAAGUUCCGUCACAUGAUAAUAAUCAGAUGAAUUUACAUGGUUCCAUGGCAACAAUGCAACAGAAUAAUAUGGGCAAUUUGCAGCAAAAUCCUGCCGUUUCUCUCUCAGGGGGUUCAAAUGCUCAACAGAACAUGAUGAAUUCCAUACAGCCCAGUUCUAAUCUUGACCCGGGUCAGAAUACCGGUAUGAACUCCUUACAGCAUGUCUCGAAUGGCUCUCUUCAACAAAAUACAGUGAGUGGGACCCAACAAGUAAACAUGAACCCGAUGUCACUACAGGCGAACUCCAAUAUGCUUCAAAAUCAGCAUAUUAAACAGCAGGAACAACUGCUUCAAAGCCAACAACUGAAGCAGUUUCAACAACGCCAGUUGCAGCAACAGUUUUUGCAUAAACAGCAACUUUUGCAACAGCAGCAACAACAACAUCAAUUUCACCAACAAACAAAGCAGCAGCUGCCAGGAAAUCAAUUAUCUCAGCUUCCUCAGAUAAGUGAUAGUGGUGAUAUUAAACUCCGACAGCAGCAGAUGAAUGUAAAACCAGGUGGUUUACAGCAGCAUCAUGCAGCGGCAGUCGCCGCCCAGCGGUCCGCUUAUCACCAACAGUUAAAGCCAGGUGCUCCGUUUUCACCUCAACUCCUUUCGGCUGCUUCUCCGCAAAUGUCGCAACAUGCAUCUCCUCAGAUUGACCAGUCAAACAUGUUCAAAUCUGCCAACUCACCGUUUGCUGUACCGUCUCCUUCAACUUCCUCUGCAUCUCCUCUCCCAGGGGAGUUUGAGAGAAUAAAUGGCGUUUCUUCACUAUCUAAUGUUGGGAACCUCGGGCAUCAACAACAACCACCUAAUCAAAUUGGUACACCUGGCAUAUCUGCAUCCCCUUUACUUGCGGAAUUCACUAGCCCAGAUGGAAAUCAUGGUGUUCUGCCGUCAAUGGGACCCGGAAAGUCCACUGUUACAGAACAGCCUCUAGAACGCUUACUCAAAGCGGUGAAAUCGAUUUCGCCUACAGCUUUGAGUGCUUCAGUUAGCGACAUUGGUUCGGUUGUCAGUAUGAUUGAUAGGAUUGCAGGGUCAGCACCGGGUAACGGGUCAAGAGCUGCAGUUGGUGAGGAUUUGGUUGCCAUGACAAAAUGUCGUCUUCAGGCUAGAAACUUUGUCACUCAAGAUGGAACAAAUGGCAUUAGAAAGAUGAAACGAUUUACAAGUGCGAUGCCAUUAAAUGUUGUAUCAUCCGCUGGCAGUGUAAAUGAUAGUUUUAAGCAAUUGAAUGUUUCUGAGACUUCAGAACUAGAUUCAACUGCAUCUUCUGCGAUCAAAAGGCCCCGAACUGAGACUAAUCACGCUCUUUUGGAAGAAAUAAAGGAAAUAAACCGGGGACUCAUUGAUACUGUUGUAGCUGUUAGUGAGGAAGAUGUUGAUCCGGCUGCAGCCACUGCAGCUUCAGAGGGCGGUGACGGCACUGUGGUUAAAUGCUCCUUCAGUGCUGUAGCUCUUGGUCCAAACUUGAAGUCACAAUAUGCUUCAGCACAAAUGUCGCCUAUCCAACCAUUAAGGCUGCUUGUUCCUGCGAAUUAUCCAAAUUGCUCCCCGAUGCUCUUGGAUAAGUUCCCCGCUGAAGUCAGCAAGGAGUUUGAGGACCUUUCAACAAAAACAAAAUCAAGAUUCAGUAUUUCUCUCAGAAGCCUUACACAACCAAUGUCACUUAAAGACAUUGCAAGAACUUGGGAUGUUUGUGCACGCGGUGUAAUCUCAGAGUAUGCUCAGCAAAGUGGCGGUGGUACCUUCAGCUCUAAAUAUGGUACCUGGGAGAACUGCUUAAGUGCCGCUUAAUCUUAUCUUCUUUGGAAGUUAUUUACCAAGUAUAGUUGUUGUCUUCCAUGCUUUUACAUUUGCGUAUUUAAACAAAAUCUUAUCUAAGCUUUCAUAUUGUAUGAUAUACCCGUCGUGUAUGUUUAUAAAGUUUAGUCGUUUGGGAAUUUCGCAUGAGCUUUUUUCAUCUUUA